UCGUCAUAUAAGAGAAGCAGAUGUUCGGCAGCAGGCCCGUAGGCCGGCCAGCGGCGACUUGUAGUUACAGGAAGUUCCUUUUCUUUUUCUACUUAGACUGCUAACUGUAAGCUACAUAGACGGCUAACCGAACCGGCAAGGUCUUUGUAUUUUGGGGUUUCUUCUGUAUAGAAAGAAGUUGCUUUUUUAAACGAGAUAUGUCCAAAAGACAUCGCCUAGAUCUGGGUGAUGACUACUCUUCUAGCAAGAAAAGGUCUGAUGGGAGAGACAGAGACCGUGACAGAGACCGUGACAGGGACCGCGAGGAUCGCUCCAGGGACAGGGACCGAGACAGGGAUAGAGACAGGGACAGCAGGGACGUAAAACCUCCAAGUGUUCCAUCCAACAGUACGGCAGUUGUGGCACCUAUGCCACCCAUCAAGCAGACUGCUGUGCAUCAGCAAAUCAACCCGUUCACCAACUUGCCACAUACUCCACGCUACUAUGAGAUUCUUAAAAAGAGGUUGCAGCUUCCAGUGUGGGAAUAUAAAGAAAGCUUCAAUGAUAUUAUCACACGGCAACAGAGCUUCGUGUUAGUUGGAGAGACGGGCUCUGGAAAGACAACACAGAUUCCACAGUGGUGUGUGGACAUGGUGAAAGGCUUGCCUGGUCCUAAGCGGGCUGUAGCUUGUACUCAGCCCAGGAGAGUGGCAGCUAUGAGUGUGGCUCAAAGGGUGGCAGAUGAGAUGGACGUCAUGCUUGGACAGGAAGUUGGCUACUCAAUCCGAUUUGAGGACUGUAGUUCUGCCAAGACUAUAUUGAAAUAUAUGACAGAUGGUAUGUUGCUGAGAGAAGCUAUGAAUGACCCGUUGCUGGAGCGCUAUGGUGUGAUCAUUCUAGAUGAGGCCCACGAGCGAACUCUGGCCACAGACAUCCUUAUGGGAGUCCUCAAGGAGGUGGUUCGUCAGAGAUCUGAUCUGAAGGUAAUAGUGAUGAGUGCAACGCUAGAUGCUGGGAAGUUCCAGAUUUACUUUGACAACUGUCCGCUGCUCACUAUCCCCGGGCGUACCCACCCUGUAGAGAUCUUCUACACCCCUGAGCCAGAGAGAGACUACCUUGAAGCGGCUAUCCGCACAGUUAUCCAGAUUCAUAUGUGUGAAGAAGAGGAAGGUGACUGUCUUCUCUUCCUCACUGGUCAAGAGGAAAUUGAUGAGGCCUGCAAGCGGAUUAAGCGUGAAGUGGAUGACCUUGGCCCUGAAGUUGGAGACAUCAAAAUCAUUCCACUAUACUCCACACUGCCCCCACAGCAGCAACAAAGAAUCUUUGAGCCCCCUCCUCCAAAGAAGCCCAAUGGUGCAAUAGGAAGAAAGGUUGUGGUAUCAACAAACAUUGCUGAGACCUCGCUGACAAUCGAUGGAGUGGUUUUUGUCAUCGAUCCUGGAUUUGCCAAACAGAAGGUGUACAAUCCCCGAAUUAGAGUGGAGUCGUUGCUUGUCACAGCCAUCAGUAAAGCCUCUGCGCAACAGAGGGCAGGGCGAGCCGGUAGAACACGUCCGGGAAAAUGUUUCCGACUAUACACAGAGAAGGCCUAUAAAACAGAGAUGCAGGAUAACACAUACCCUGAGAUUCUGCGUUCCAACUUGGGAUCCGUGGUACUACAGUUAAAAAAAUUGGGCAUUGAUGACCUUGUGCACUUUGAUUUCAUGGACCCACCAGCUCCUGAGACACUGAUGCGGGCCCUUGAGCUGUUAAAUUACUUGGCAGCACUAAAUGAUGAUGGAGACCUGACUGAGCUGGGCUCCAUGAUGGCAGAGUUUCCUCUGGACCCCCAGCUGGCCAAGAUGGUCAUCGCUAGUUGCGAGUUUAACUGCUCUAACGAGAUUCUUUCCAUUACUGCCAUGCUGUCAGUCCCACAGUGUUUUGUCCGGCCCACGGAAGCUAAGAAGGCAGCGGAUGAGUCCAAGAUGAGGUUUGCUCACAUCGAUGGGGAUCACUUGACCCUGCUCAAUGUCUACCACGCCUUCAAACAAAACCACGAGUCAAACCAGUGGUGCUAUGACAACUUUGUCAACUAUCGUUCGCUGAUGUCAGCUGACAAUGUCCGUCAGCAGCUGUCCAGGAUCAUGGACCGCUUCAACCUGCCCCGACGAAGCACAGAAUUCACCAGCAGAGAUUACUAUAUCAACAUUCGUCGAGCACUCUGCACUGGCUUCUUCAUGCAGGUGGCUCAUUUGGAGCGUACGGGUCACUACCUCACAGUCAAAGACAACCAAGUCGUCCAAUUGCACCCCUCCACAGUCCUGGACCACAAGCCUGAGUGGGUGCUCUAUAACGAGUUUGUCCUCACCACCAAGAAUUACAUUCGCACAUGCACAGAUAUCAAACCAGAGUGGCUGGUGAAGAUUGCCCCCCAGUACUAUGAAAUGAGUAACUUCCCACAAUGUGAGGCUAAAAGACAGCUGGAGCGAAUUGUUGCCAAACUAGAGACCAAGGAGUAUUCCCAAUACUGAACAAUGGCAAAGAGAGACUUUUUUUUAGAGGAUAAUUGUGUAUUGUGUAGGAUCUUUCAGUCUGUAAUAUUUUAUGUUAAUGUUUCAAAUUUUGAAGAAAAAAGAAGAAUUUUAUAGAAAAAUUCAGAAGUUUGCUGUUUUUCACUUCAUUAUUCACUCUGUGUUCUGUCAGAAAAUCUGUGGUAAAUAUUAGACUCAGCUGAUGAAGAUUGUCAAAAGGAAUAUUAUGAACAUGUCUCGUAGAUGUGGAUAACUUUCCUGUAGGGACAUUUUUAAAACCUGUAAGGAUAUGUAUUUGCCUUGUUUCCUUAAUAAAGGAGCUUUG